UUGUAGCACAUCCACUACAAGUGAGUGGUUAUACUAGAAGUAAAAUUAAAAUAAUGUUUUUAUGAAAUGUUGAUCUCCUUAGAAGUAUCAGGGGGCCUGCCGCGAAAAUCGAAGUUCGUCAAUUGCGGGUAUUUUUCUCUGUCACUCUAAUGACGUCUUAGAGAGAGUAAACGAGAAAGAUCAGCGCAAUUGGCGAAUAACGGUUUUCGCGGUAGGCCUCCUGUCAUCGUUGCUUAGCAGCGGACGGCUACAACACUGACCGUUUGACAGUUGUUUAGUUUAUUAAUAGUUUGGUCCAAACAUUCGAAGUUUUUGUGAUAAAAGUUAUUAUUUUAUUCAAAGUAUGAAUUAAACUAAGCUAAAAUAAAUAUUAUCUAGAACGGGUAAAAAAAUGACUGCUCCAAAGCUAUUAUAUACGAUAGAACAGCCCCAUGGGCUGGGCGAGUUGUACUUCUCGUGGCAGAAAGGCGAAGGCCGGUCUCUGCUGGCGACUACGGGGACGGAUGCUACGGUGGCCAUACAUGACCGCAGCGGGCAGCUGAUGGAACGCAUGAAGUUACAAGGUCUCUGUGCUGGUAUGGAGUGGGACAAUGAUGGUGACUACCUAGCAGCAAUAACUCCGAACAGCAACUCUGUGUUAAUCUGGGAAUGCCACUCCAACAAGCGGGUGAACGUGGAAACAGGGCUUCGGGAGGCACCUUCCUGCCUCGCCUGGGGUUACGGUGAACCAAUGCUUGCUAUAGGCACGCAGAAGGGAAAUCUCGCUUUGUAUAAUCAUCAUACUACAAAGCGCAUACCAAUCAUAGGCAAGCACACAAAGAAAAUUACGAGCGCAGCGUGGAACAAGGACAACAUUCUCGUCCUAGCGUCGGAGGACAAGAGCCUGUCCAUCAACAACGCGGACGGGGACACGCUGCGGGUCAUCUCCCUGCGGGACACGCCCAACGACCUGCAGUGCUCCGAGAUGAAGGCCGACGAGCGCGUGCCGGGCGAGAACACGAUCAGCCUGGUAGUAGGCAAGCGAACGUUGUACCUGUACAACCUGCUGAACCCGGAUAACCCUAUAGAACUAGCGUUCCAACAGCGAUACGGCGCCAUUGUCGCCUACCAGUGGUAUGGGGACGGAUAUAUUCUUAUAGGAUUCAGCGCAGGAUUUGUCAUAGCCAUAUCGACCCACAUCAAAGAAGUUGGGGAGGAGUUGUUCCAAGUAAGGAACCACAAGGAGAGCCUUACGGAUGUCGCCGUGUUCAACGGGCAGGCCGCUUCCUGUGGCGAUAGCCAUCUGAAGCUGAUAUCAGUGUGGAACAACGGCGAAGUGUCGGGCUCCGUGCUGCCCCCCGGCGGCGCCGAGCGCUGCGCCUGGAGCGCCGACGGGCGCCUGCUGGCCGCCGCCGGCCGCGCCUACCUCUCCGUCUACGUGACAACCCUGCCGGCCUUGUACGCGGCCUACGGCACGAGGGUCGUCACCCUCACGAGCCUGUCGGAGGCUACGCUGUACCAAUGUAUCCCUGUCGGCGACGAGGAGGCUAAAUCGGAGCCGACAGUGUUGGCGACGUACGCGCUACCCCUGGAGCCGCAGCUGCUGGCGCUGGGCGCCUCGCACGUGAUCAGCGCGCGCGACGCGCACGCCUGGCUGUACCCGCUGGGCGGCGGCGUGCCCGCGCAGCGGCAGCUCCCCGCCGCCGUGGACGCGCUGCGCGCCGCCGGGGAGCACUGCGCCGCGCUGUGCGCCGGCCGCGCCGUGCUGCACAAGAUCGAGCCUCCAGACCCCGAGAACGCGGAGCGGGACUCUAUAACGUUCCCCGAGCCUCACAUGCAAGAUGCCGUCAUCACGGACAUACAGCUCACCAGCGAUUUCUUCACAUUUGUCACUGACCAAGGCCACAUUGAAUAUUUCGGCCUCGAGGAAUGGCGUAGCUCCGUCCGCUACAAACAUACCUGUGGGAUACGUAACGUCUACUGCGAUAUAGGCGGGACCCGCGCCUGCAUAGUGGACGAGCGGCGCCGCGUGCUGGUGUACUGCCCCGCGUCCGGCGACAUGUGUGCCCUUACCUAACUUGAGGAUAUACGUUCUAGGGGCGUAAUUUGGGAUAUCUGCCUCUCCGAGCGCAACGUGUUCGCCGUGCACACCCCGGGCGCCGUCCACACCUGCUACCUGAGCGCGCACGGCACCGCGGGCCCGCACGCGACGCUCGUCCACACCACCGCCGUGUCGCCCGACACGGCGCCGCUCUUACUGUUCUCUGGCGACGUCUACUGCUACGGCCCGCAGGGAGCUGUGCUGAAAAUCCCCCUCGACUCACACAACACGAGCGGGCUGGCCGACCCGGACCCUGAGAAACGCCUCGCGAACCAACGGAAACAUAUCGAGAAACUUCUACUGCUGAGACGGUUCAACGAAGCUUGGUUGUUCUGUGAUGCUGUCGACGAAGAGGGCCUGUGGAGAAAGCUGGGAGAAGCAGCCAUAGCUGAGCUUAAUGCGGAGUUCGCAAUUCGCGUGUACACGCGGUUGAGUGACGUGGCUAUGGUAUGGGCAUUGGAGGACGCGUUGCAUAUUGAAGAUCUGUCCAUUUUGUGCGGCGUCUUGUCGGCGUGUCUUAACCAAGGCGAGGCGGCGGCGCGCUGGUUAGAAGGAGCGCCCAACGGCGCCCUACAGGCGCUGGAGCUGCACUGCGCCCGAGGCGACUGGGGCUCCGCGCACACCCUCGCGCUGCAGGCCUGCCCCGCCGCGGCGCCGCUGGUCGCGCUGCACCGGGCGCGACACACCGAGCUGCUAGCUGACUACCACGAGGCCCUGUCCUUCUACGAACAGAGCAUCAUGCCCGACGACGGCACCGCCAAAGUCAAGGAACACAACGAAAAGUGCGAAGCCGGCAUCGCGCGCAUGUCCGUCCGCUGCGGCGACGUCAUGCGAGGCGUCACCACCGCCAUGAAACAUGCACACGAUAUAGAACUGCUUAAAGACUGCGCCCAGCUGCUGGAAGACGAGAAACAGUACAACCAUGCAGCAGCGCUAUACGACCACGCUGGAAACACUGAGAAAGCUGCGUCAUUGUAUAUAAAACUCAAGUCUUGGUUGAAAGUCGAAGCGUUACUCCCAAAAAUCAACUCACCAAGCAUUCACAUACAGUACGCUAAAGCCAAAGAGGCCGAAGGGAGAUACCAUGAUGCUUUGAAGUCAUAUCUUAAGGCGGGAGACUAUGAGGCGGCUAUUAGGCUGAAUUUGGAAAAGCUGGAUGAUAUAGAUGAGGCCGUGAAUCUGGUUCAGGAAACUAAGUCCGUGCAGGGGGCGAAAAUGGUGGCGAAUUAUUUCCAGAAUAGUGAUGAUCCAUCAUCAGCGAUCAAGUUUUUGGUGAUGUCACUAUGUUAUGAUGAGGCUUUCCAAUUAGCUAGAAAGAAUGGAAAGCUGCAUCUGUACGGGGAGAUCCUGAUACAGACGUCGCAGGCGAGGCCCGAGGAUUUCAGGUCAUUGGCUCUCCACUUUGAAGGCGAGAAGAACCACCUACUAGCCGGCAAGUUUUUCUUCCACGCCGGGGAAUACAGCAAGGCCAUGUCCCACCUGCUGAAGACUGGCGGGGAGGAGGAUGAGGCCAUCAGCAUCGCUAUUGAUGCAGCCGCGGCCUCUGAUGAUGAGAGACUCACUAGGAGACUGAUAGAAUACCUACUGGGCGAGACGGAUGGUACACCACGGGAGCCUAAACAUCUGUUCCGGCUCUACAUGGCCAAGCGGCAGUUUGCGGAGGCGGCAAAGACUGCCGUAAUAAUAGCGGGCGCGGAGUGUCGCAGCGGAAACUACCGCGCAGCGCGCGACGUGCUGCGCGCCAUGUGCGUGUCGCUGCGCGCGCGCGGCCUGGCCGUGCCGCGCGACAUGCGCCACGCCGCCGCCACGCUGCACGCCUACAUACUGGUGCGCACUCAUGUGCGGCGCGGCCGGCAUGAGCUGGCAGCGCAGCUGCUGUGCCGAACCGCCAAGGACGUCAGCUUCUUUCCUACACAUCAGCAUCAAGUGUCAAUUCUUACAUCGACGGUGAUAGAGUGUUUGCGCGCUGGACUGAAGCACCAGGCGCACCACUGGGCGCGGGUACUCAUGCAACCAGAGUAUCGGGCACAGAUCGACCCUAAAUACGUAAAGAAAGUGGAGUCAGCCGUCCGGCACGCGCCACGCACGGCCGCGCCGGCCGAGCCGUGCGCGCCGUGCCCGCAGUGCGGCGCGCACGUGCCCGCCGCCGCGCUCAGCUGCGCGCGCUGCGAGGCCACGCUGCCCAUGUGCAUAGCUACUGGCCUGCACAUAGUGAAGGAAGACUUGACGGCGUGCCCCGAGUGCGACUUUCCCGCCAUCUACUCUGAGUUUACCGAAUUGCUUCAAGAAGAAAGCAAAUGUCCGAUGUGCGGCGAAAACGUCGACUAUCGACGUCUCGUGAAGAUAGACGAUGUGUCGGGUUAUAUGGAUCUUAAUACCACUGAUUAAGGCGCAAAUUAUUUUGGCUAGCGGAAAAAUAACAUGGAAUAUCGCCGUCGCGUGGAGAUAGACGUUGUGGUGUCGUUUGUGUACCAUUUUCAAGGUUACCCGCGGUUUUCACUGAUUUUUGACAAGUUUUGAGUAGUUACUCCGACAUCUGCACUAUAGAUAGAAUUAUAAGACAAACGGCUAUCGGUCAAUCUUCAAUCUUUUAUCUCCAUUCUGGUCUGCCGGAUUUUGAAAGAAAUGAAUACUCAUUUUUAAUGGUUUUUUUAAACAUUGUCUAAAAAAACGCUUUUUUCGUUUUUUUUUUCAAAGUCAAGUCAAGACAUGUUUGGGUUCGUUUUUUUUUUUUCAAAGUCAAGUCAAGACAUGUUUUGGUUCGUCUUUGGCGUCUCUAAAAACUGGUUAGAGAUUUUAAUUUUAAACUAAUUAACAUAAAAGUUAUGGCCAGAAAACCAGGUUUUUGGCCUAAAAUUAUUCAAUUUUGAUGCCAAAUAUCUCGAAGACAAUGAACUUUGAAGGAAAUAUGGGAUAGUAUAUUGCUUAAAACAGUUGCUGUUAAUAUGAUGAGCUACAAAAAAGGUUAGAAAAGUGAGGGAUUCAGAUCAAAGGUCAUUGGCGCCAGGGAGCCCCUUAAUAUGAUAUAUUAGGCGAACCAGCAAACGAAGAAUAUGAAAAGAAAGCAAUGAAAAGUAGAAAUAUUUUUAUUCGUAAACAUAAAUGAGACAAAUUAAAUAUAACAAAGACAUGUAAAGUAUAUAUACAGUAAAGUGCCACGAAAUAACCUCAUCUCAGCACGUUGCUGGCGACUUCCAGCGCUGAUCUUCCGAUGAGACCAUUAGGUGAGAGGAAUCACCUAACGGUCAUGGACACCCGCAACCUCCAUGGUGGUUGUAAUCGCAUUAUCGGUAUUUAAGAUGGGAGUACGCAGUUUUCUUGAAGGUAUGAAGGAUGUUUCGGUCCGGAAAUACCGCAGGCGACAUUUCAUACUACAAUUUAACAGUGCGAGGCAGAAAGUUUCUGGAGAAACGCACAUUUGAGGACUGUCAACCAUCUAAGCGAUGAAGAUGAAAAUGUUGUCGCGUAGAGCGACGGCGGAAAGAUGCGGCAGGGAUUAAUCCGAACAAUUGAUUAUAGUCAACAAAAAAACUAUUAUCUUAGCACGACAUGGAGUCUAUCAGUGAUCACUUAAAUUAUAAACUAAAAUAGAUAUCGUGUGGUAAAGAAAAAGUGACCAAGUCUUCAUCUAUCGAGGUUAACGCCCUGGACCGCUUGGUCACUCCGUCACGGCGGUUCUCGUCCCAAUUUCUCGACUAUAUGCCAUUUAACAAAGACUAGUCGUCUUUGACCAACUCUAAGGGCGAGCAGUAUUUGCACCUCCUAUACGAAGAUGAUUUGUUCCCAAAGUUGUGUGAUCACUUAAGAGCAAUUCCUAAGACCGAUUUUUUCAUACAAACGCUUUCGACUGUUUCCUCCCUGGAUUUUUAACCUAGAGCAAUGUUUUUUUUCAAAUAAGAUCAAUAUCUGUGCCACGUAUGUUUUGCCUUUUUGGAUUAUUUUAUUUUGAAGAAACUGACAACGCCUUGAAAAUUUCAAAAACGGCUCAAUUGAAUUGGCUGCAAAUAAAGGCGCAGUAUACAAAUAUUAACAUAUGACCAAAAAGUCUAAACAUAGCGGCAUAGAUUAUUUCUUCGUCUUGCAGUUUCCUAAAUUUCAUAAUGAUUGGUUGCGUUUUGGAGGAGGAAACAGUCAAGAGCGAAACCUCGAUGUUUGAGUUUUUUGCGUGGGAGUUUUAGCUCGCGCUACAGUUGUCCUUAUCGCACGCACGCACGGGACGCGCCUACCGCAGCGCGACAGAAACAUAGCUUUCAAAAACUCGAGAUUUGAAAAGUUGCUCAGCUAGGAAUUGCUCUUAACCCUUUACCAGGCUGACAGUUCAAAAAUGACAAUCGAAUGUCAGUCUUACUCAUCGAAAAUAGAACACAUGUUUGAAGAGCCGCAUG